GGUUAAACAUCAUUUUUGGUUUACAUUGUGUUUGUUACAGAAUUUUUGCGCUAUUUAAUACAUUUUUUAUGAUUAAGUAUUGUUAUUUAAAUAUUAAGUUGUAUUGUUUGUAAAUUAGUGUUGUUGUGAGUUUUAUAUUCAUAUUUGCAAUAUGGGAGAUAAAGACGGAGAAGCGUUUGAUGAUGCUGUAGAAGAGAGAGUGAUCAAUGAAGAAUACAAAAUCUGGAAGAAAAACACUCCCUUUUUAUAUGAUUUGGUUAUGACCCAUGCGUUAGAAUGGCCAUCAUUAACUGCCCAAUGGUUGCCGGAUGUUACAAGGCCUGAAGGUAAAGAUUACUCGAUUCAUCGAUUGAUUCUGGGUACUCAUACGUCCGAUGAACAGAAUCAUUUACUUAUUGCCAGCGUUCAAUUACCAAACGAAGAUGCGCAAUUUGAUUCAUCUCAUUAUGAUAAUGAAAAAGGAGGUUUGUAUGAUAAUGCUGUAAUCAGCCUUGUAAAAAUUCAAUCAUUCCUACUAUACGUUUCAUUUGUUUCAGAAUUCGGCGGUUUUGGCUCCGUAAGCGGCAAAAUCGAAAUAGAAAUUAAAAUAAAUCACGAAGGUGAAGUUAAUCGGGCCAGGUAUAUGCCCCAAAAUCCAUGCGUAAUUGGUACAAAAACACCUUCGAGCGAAGUGCUCAUCUUUGAUUAUACGAAACAUCCUUCGAAACCUGACUCUAACGGAGAAUGUCAUCCGGAUUUAAGACUCCGAGGACAUCAAAAAGAAGGAUACGGAUUAUCUUGGAAUCCAAAUUUAAACGGUUAUUUGCUCAGUGCCUCCGAUGAUCAUACAAUUUGUUUAUGGGAUAUUAACGCUACACCUAAAGAACACCGGGUUAUCGAUGCGAAAACAAUAUUUACUGGACAUACGGCCGUAGUUGAAGAUGUAGCGUGGCAUUUAUUGCACGAAUCACUAUUUGGUUCUGUAGCCGAUGACCAAAAAUUGAUGAUAUGGGAUACGAGAAAUAAUAACACGGCUCGGCCAUCGCAUACUGUAGAUGCUCACACUGCUGAAGUCAACUGUUUAUCUUUUAAUCCAUAUUCAGAAUUUAUAUUGGCUACUGGAAGCGCUGACAAAACUGUUGCAUUAUGGGAUUUGAGAAAUCUGAAAUUAAAAUUGCAUUCCUUCGAGUCGCACAAGGAUGAAAUAUUCCAAGUUCAAUGGUCUCCCCAUAACGAGACGAUUUUAGCAUCUAGUGGAACUGAUAGACGAUUACAUGUAUGGGAUUUAAGUAAAAUAGGCGAAGAACAGUCUUACGAAGACGCUGAAGACGGACCACCAGAACUUCUAUUCAUUCACGGAGGUCAUACUGCCAAAAUAUCCGAUUUCUCAUGGAACCCUACUGAAGCUUGGGUUAUUUGUUCUGUUUCCGAAGAUAAUAUUAUGCAGGUAUGGCAAAUGGCAGAAAAUAUUUACAAUGAUGAAGAACCAGAUACGCCAGCUUCAGAGUUGGAACCAGUUUAAGUCUUUUUUAAAAAUUAAUUUUAUCCUAAAGAAUGUAAUUGAAAGGAAUUUUAAAUUAUUUAGGCGGACAAAACUUUGUUAAAAUUUUCUUUUUAGAUUUUUUUUGUAAUUAUUCUACUGUAAGUUCCAUUAUGAUAAACUGUUAUGUUAAGCUUGUGGAAAAACAUGAUUUCUAUUUUCGCCGA